GAAAUCUUCAGCUGUGAGGGAAAAUUUGGCGGGCACCGAGAGUUAGAAGACAGAAGUCGGAGAUUUUCAGCGCUUCCAAUUUCGGAAACCUGAAAGGAACCAGCCUGGAAAGAUCACGAACUAGGCGUAUGACCUUGUGAGGUAAAAUUUUGAUAAGUACCAUGGCCACGGAAUUGGCCUCUGGGCUCGAGAGCGGCAUCUCGCUAACAACAGUGCCGAUGGCCGACAGUUCCGAGGACGACGACAUUCUCACACCAAAGGCAAAGAAAAAUUCCCUGAAGAAGAAGCGAAUUUUUAGCGACGACGACGAUAGCAAGUCGGAAAAGUCUGAAACCGAGGGAAAUGCCGCGUCCGAGAGUGACAAGGAGGAAGAGGAGGAGCAAGUUGGACAAAAACAAAGGCGCAGUCGACUCGUCAGGGCCGAUUCGUCAAGCGAAGACGAUGACGUGCUGCCUGCUCAAAAACCCGAUUCAAAGAAGGACUUUGGAUUGAGGAAAUUGGAGAAGAAAAGUUUUGACAAGCUCAAGAAGAAAAAUAAAGUUUCACUUAACAGUUCUGACGAUGACUCGGGAAAAGAGGAAAAGUCUGAUCAUGAUCAAGAAGUUGAUGAGCAACACCAAAAGAAAAUACUUGAUAAAUUAAGAGCAGACUUUGGAAACGAUAGCUCUGAGGAAGAGGAUAGAAAUGGCCGGGCCUCUGGCAUGUCCAACAAAUCAAGCAAGUCUGCCGACAGUGAUGGAGAUCGCAAAUCAAAAAAGAAGCAAUCGGCACCUAAAAGAAAGUCUGCAGUGGCGUGCAGAGCAGCCAUGGAGAAAGAGAAGCUGAAGAUGAUCAGUGAGAAACAAAGGAUGGAUCGAGAGUCGAUGGUCUCCCUGCCAUACCACAAGCCAAAGCAGAGGUCCUUGAAGGAAUUUCUGUCUGCUCGUCCUUCUGUUAGUCUUGAGUUGAGGGGAGCCAAACCAUCCAACGUUGACAUCACUCUGAUUGGAAAAGAGUUGGAAGACACGGAGAAAUUGGCUGAGGAAUUUUACAAGUCUGAAGAAGAGGAAGAAGAGCGUUUCACUCCAACACCACCUCCUAAUAAUGAAGUGAAUGAGAAAAACAUUCAUGACAAAGUUUGUUCAGUGGAUAAUGAAGAACCAAUUAGAGCAGUUGACAGUGUCAAAAAGGCAAUUGAUUUUGAAGAGUUGCAAGAAAAAAUUGAAGAAAUGAAAGAAACAGAAGAAAUUUCCAGCAACCCUCGAGAAACUCCAGUUGACACAGAAGUUGCUACUGUGGAAAAAGCAGUCCAACCCAUGGAGACUGAAAACAUCAAUCAAGAAAACUCUGAGAUAACUUUGGCAGAAGCAGAAAAAGAGGAGAAAUUAUUGGAGGUACCUAUGCAGAAAGAAGAUAUUGCUGCUGAAGUAUUUGGAAUCGCCUGCUUGACUCCCAGUGAAGCCAUUGAAGAAAAAAUAUUUGCUGUUCCUGAACCGCCAAAAGAAAAGUGUGAAACAGUUGAAGAUUCACUGGAAGAUGAAAUGCAUCUCUAUCUCGAGGACAGUGAGGAAAUUCUGGACGAUAGAGAAAGUCAGGCAGCAGAAAAUCAAGUAGACCAAGCGUUUGACCUGCAAAAAUUGUAUGAAAAUCAAAUUAGCAGUGACGAAGAGGAUUCAAAAAUUAAGUCACCCAUCAAGGUGAAGAAAUCUCCAUUGAAAGGCAUUCUUAGUCGAGCCCAGCUGAUUGAAAGACUAAAAAAUUCAAAGCCUGUAAAGCUGUCUGGCAGCUCUAGUGAUUACAUUGACCUUACGCCCGAGACGUCAAGACAAAUUGGGGUGAGCGAACUGAAGGAGCGAUUCCUUAGGCAUGCAAGUGCUGGAAAGAAGAAGAGUUUGGACCCAAAGCAGGAUGGGUUUUUGACACUUAUUAAGUCUGGGGAGAAUAUCGACGAAGUUGUCGACCUGAACUCUAAGCCUGGGGCCAAGAUGUGUCAGCUCAAGUCGGAACUGCAGGAGUCGAUUGCUAAGCAGCGUGUUGCGGAUUUCAAGCAACGGCAAAAUGAGUACAAGAUGUAUGAGGAUGAAACUGACGAGCUUCUAGGAAAUGAUUUUGAAGACAAUGAAAAGGAAGAGAAAAAUUUUGAUGAUUUUGACCCUCAUCUUGCAAACGAAACAGAAUCUGAGCCUGAAACAGAACCUGAAAUGGACGAGGAGACAGAGGAGGCAAGGAAACCUCGUGUCAAGUCUGCCUUUGUAGACGAAGAAGCCGAAGAGGAAGGAGACGAAGAUGUUCCUUUGAAAGAGAACGAAGAAGAGGAGGAGCAGGAAGACUGCGAUGGUGAUGACGAGGAAGACUGUGAUGAGGAAAGUGAUGAAGAAUAUGAUGAAGUUGAUCUCAAAGCUUCAACUCCAGCUUGCAAAAAGCCCUUUUCAAGGAUCAUAAGGGUUGAGGAUUCCGAUGAUGAAGCUGAAACAAAUUGUGGCAAAGGAGUUAAACCUGAAGAAGGUGCAGAUGACAGCAAACUAUUGGAUGAAAAUGACAAAACGGACUCUUCAUUUUUAUCAAAUAUGAACACCUCUGUCAACAUAUCUUUUUUAAAUUCCCCUCAGUCAACUGGAAUUACAAAUCCCCUCUAUAGUAAUUCAAAUUACAUAAAAAGGAGGGGAGACUUAAAUGCAACACAACCAGAUAAAAAGAAAGGGUCAGUCUCCAAUGGAAUAACUCAAAUGUUAGAGGAGCUGCAUGGUGAAGCAAUGUCCACAAGUUUCACGGAAGCCAUGAACGAGAGUUUGCUAGAAGCCAAUAUUUCGGAGCCAAAAGACCUGGAUAAAUUGAACUUUGACAAAGACACUCAAUGCACCAGUUUGAUGGAUCUGUGCUCGGGCCAGUUUUUAACUGUACCUGACACCCUGCCUGAAGCUCAACCGGCCGUGUCAGGCUUGAAAGACUUGGUCUCUGGAGACACAUCACAACCCACGGACUUGGCGGAUUUGUGCUCAGGACAGUUUGUUACGCAAGCAAAGCCGAAAACUGGGGCAAUCAACAAGUUAUUUGGAACUGCUGUUGAUGAGACACAAAAUCUUGAGGAGCUUUGUUCUGGACAGUUUGUCACUCAAGCAAAGACCAGCGAGGAGCAAACUGACUUCAAUAAGCUUUUGGGACAAAAAUGGGAAACACAAACGCAAGACUUAGCAGCCCUUUGCUCAGGAAACUUUGUCACCCAAUCGGAUUUAAAAGGAGGACGUGAACCAAGUCCCACAAAGGCUGAUCGGUUGCUUGAAGUGCCAAUGUCUCCUACAGUUAAUGAUAAACCACUUAAACUAGUAAUUUCUUCUGAUGAGGACGAAAAUACCAUAGAUGUUCCAAAAAGCACGGAGAAGAAAAAGAGAAAGAAGAAGAAAAGGAAACUUGACUUUUCUGAUGAUGAGGACGAAGAAAAUGAGGAUCAAGAAGAAGAGGCUGAGGAGAGUGGGGCAGAAGAGGGGGCUGACUACAGUCUAGUAGACUAUGACUCAGAAGAGAAUGAGGUUGUGGUCAAGACAGGAGAAGCAAGAAGCAAGGCGGCUCGGUUCUUUGAGGCGGAAGCUGAACUUAGUGGCUCCGACUGGGAAAGUGCAGAUGAAGAUGAACGAGGUCUUGAUUACAUGGAUGAAGAGCUCGGAGACAAAGAGCAGAUUGAUGAGGACGACAUGAAGGAACAACUAGGAAAAAUUCAUGCCCGCCGACUCCUUGAUGAGGACAAGCGUGACAUCCGACUCUUCCAAGAGGCCUUCCUUGAGGAUGGAGAUUUGCAUGCUGAAGGGGGAGGACGGCAAAGACUGUUUCGCUGGAAAAAUACAGAUGAUGGAGAUUGGCAGGGAGGCUGCAAUCCAAAUUUAUCUGGCGAUGAGGGAUUGGAGGAUGAUGAUGAAGAUGAUGCAUCUUGGAGAACACUACGGCUGGAAAGAGAAAACUGGCUAAAAGAGAAAAGCACUAAUGAAACGCCUUUGGAUGCAAAUGAUGAAAACAGUCAGUUUCUUAGACACGGAAAAAAUUUGCUAGCUAAAAUCAAUGGUGCAAAACUAAAGCCUCAAGCAGAACCAAAGGAUGUGGCAAAGAAACGGAUUCAGCCCAUGUUGGUCAAGUCGCCUGGCAAAGCCAUUUUGCAGAGACUUCAGGGAAAGAGUGGUUCUUUCUUCUCCAGAACCAAGAUGUCUCUGACCAAAGUUGUCCAGAUUGCAGGAAAUGACAACGACGGAAUUGUGUCCAAUACCAGUAAAGGAAAUUUUGUUUUCUCUACCAUUAGUCCAUCGAGUAUCAAGGGACCUGCUGCUGAGCUGGCUAACAAUUCAUUUGAAGAGGAUUCUCCACAGCCAGUAAAAGCAAAGAAAAGACAGGCUGCUGCCAGCACAACUUCCAAAGCCAAAGCCCAGGCAAAAAAACACAAAGUAUCAAACAGCAUCUUCAAGCUAAUGUAAUUAUUUGGGAAUUAAUGCUGGUGGGAUAAAACUUUCCAUAUUCUUUUGUAACAUAUAAUUUUAAAUUUUGACAAAAGCAUAUUUAUUCGAAUAAAAGUAUUUAAAUAAAGAAAAGUUUAUAAUAAAACCAAAUUGCUUGAAAUUUUCCUACGACUAAACUUCUCAAUUUUAUGAAAUACGACGAACAUAUAAUGUUAAUAAUAAAAAAUAUUUAAAAUUUUUUUAAUUGUUUGCAUAAAAAUAAUUACAGAAAAUGGAAUUAGAUGAAUGAGAGUUCGCACAAGUAUUUUUAACACAUGCGGGCCUAAUCAAGAAUCACUUUAUUUUAUCUUAUGAGUAACUUCUUUUCACACGGCCUAAGAGUUAGUAGCCCUUAAAAUAAUUGGCCUUUGUUUCUAGAAGUUGAUCAAACAACCUUGGUUUUAAUUUGUCAGGAAGCAAUGAUGGUAAAAUGUUUAACUAUUUAUUAUGUAUAAGUUAUUUAUUUUGAUAUGGAGUUUAGAAUACAGUCAGCUUGGUUCUCUAUGAAAAAAAUAUUUUUUGCUUUACAAUAUCGGCUUUUAAGAUAAAAUAUUUUUGUUUGAAAACUGGAUUUGUGGAUUUUUUUUAAAUUUAGAAUUUUUUUCCUCCUCGAUAUACUGCAUCUAAAAUUAUUGGAGGAAUAAAUCCUGUUGCCUUUCUCUCAGCCCAACAAAAUUGAUUGUAUUUUUCUUUUUGCUAUUUUUCUUUUAAUAAAGAUUGCAUCUAUUAAAAUUAGCCAAACUUCUUUGCUGAGUGGGUGCAGAUGAGCAAAAUUAAGUUUGUUAAAUUAUGUUUUA